AUGCAUUCUCGCAGAAAUGGAGGUGUCGCUACCGUCUAUCCCGACCGAGUGCAGCAGAAUCCCGAAGUCGUGGCACAUCUGAAUCAAGCGCUUAUCGAUGAUAUCACCCGGGGCAGUCAGGAGCAGUGGCAACGACUGCUCGCAUAUCCUUUCGAGACCGCAGAAGCAGCAGAAGCCAACGAGUCGAGGACAAUAGCCAACUUGCUCGCCGCUUGGGACCGUCUAGAAUCCGAAGCAGAGGCAGAGCGAGCUCUCAACAGACCGCUCCUUAAUUCAGUAGCUCAGAGCACGCAGCCCGAGGCCGCUUUCAUGCUCAGCGUCAUGCCGGUGCUGCAAGAGGAGCUCGCAUUGCUCGCGCAGCAGCGCAAAUCGUACGAAGAUGAAGCGCUCCUCGAGCGUGAUGUCGUGCUAAAGCAAGCAGCAGAGAAUGCAGCAUUGCGAGACGAGCUCAAGGCAGUCGUUGAUAACCUUCACGAGUCAGUGGCGAUCAUGCGACAGGUCGAGCAAAGCAUCACUAUCGAUGAUGAUAUUCUCAGACCGCCUGUCAAUUAA